AUGAAGAGAAUUCCCUUGGGAGAGCGGCAAAAGCGCACCGGCCUGGAAUCCCAACAGCGAGUGCUUGAUGCCGCGGACUCUGAUAAAAGCCCCUCACACAUCGGAGAGAAAACCUGCCUUGAAUCUAAUUUUUCCAGCCUCAGGAUCACCAACUCGCUCUACUCUCCCAUUUUGCAGUCCGGAACAGUUGUCCAUACUCCAUCACAAGGCGUUGGUGGCCAUCAAUUACUGAGUAGCCCCUUGGAAGCCCUUGGUUGCUCCGACACCCUUCAAACGCACAUAACUCGGGCACAGUUGCCACCUCUGACUUCUUGGAAACAUGCGUUGCUCCCCGUACCCCUAUCUGUAGAGCAGUUUGGUCCACCUCUCACAACUAUGAUCCUCCACGGAAAGGAGCAGCUUGCAUUUCAAAUCACGAGAUCGAGUUCCGUGGUUGAGGCUGAGGCCUAUAACCCCUUCUCGGUCGGUUCGUCCAUGAUGCACAGAACAUCCACCAAAUCGCCUACUCUGUCUCUCCAGUCACCAGAGUCGUCCACGGCGAACUCGAACCAUCCCUUGUUCAACUCCUCAUCAAGAAAAAUCUUACCCGGUACCUUGAGUAACGACCAUCAAGGAUCCUGGCGCCACUCGACCUCACACGAGGCUUCAAAAUCUUCCCUAAAGCCAUCACCUCACUCUAAACCUCGCAGUACCGCCACUCUCUUGAAUUCCAAAUCUCGUAUGUCCUGGCGUCGAUCCGCGAUUAUGGAUGAUCUGAAUCAGUUUGUCUCCACUCCAAAGCCAAACGCCAGACCAGCUCGUCUAUCACACACAAUUCAACAGCACGCUGAUAUCACAUCAGCAAGAUUUCUCUCACCUGAGUUCCGCACUGUACGGGGAAAUAUCAAAUCCAAAUUUAAGUCGGCAACAAUGGAGCCUCUUCCGGAAGAACUCAACUGCGCCAUCUUCAUUACGAACAUUCCGCUAGAAGUCACCCCUUCCGAAAUCUUCGACUACAUCCAUUGCGGUGCAGUGCAGACUUUGAAUGUGUAUCAAGCCCAUCGGUCUCAACAACAAGCAGCGAAACUGGUGUUCGCUAAAGCUGAGAGCGCUGCCCGCCUGAUCGACCAAGCCAAGGGACCUUUUCAUGUCUAUAUGGGUAGGGUAAGACUCCACGUUGCCUACAAUCGAGAUGGCGCUUUGGAUCAUGUGGGGCCAGAGACAAGGGUCUUAAUCAUCGAAGGACCUGCUGAUGUUAUGACCUAUGAGUACUGGAAGAAAUCCUUUAAUUGUACGUGCUUUCAUGUACUCGAUCGCUGGAAUUAUCGACCUUGCGCACUUGCCGGCCGGAUGAACAUAGAGUUUCGUUUCCUUAGUGCUGGUAUGGCAAAGUCAUGCCUAGAGAAAAUCAAGUUAGACCAUCAGAAGGUGGGCAAAGAUGGGGUUUCAGUGACUUUUGGUCGAGAUAUCUGUGACGCGAAUUAUUUGGUACCAUGGUCUGCGCCAAAAUGA